AAGGACAGUGCCAUACGCUCCAACCACCGACUUCUGGAUACCACACCACAGCUCCACCCCAGAAUCCAUAAAGCCUCCGCAGCAACAAUGAGAGCUAACCUUCCGAGCUCAGCAAUUUCAGGAUGCUGAUACCGUUUCUAGCUCAGACCUCUCAUACUACACGUCCUGUUGCGAAUUGUUCUCGGCUUCAUCGCCGCCACCCGGCACGGAAUUUCGGCCGAUAUUGUAGAUGGUGGGGGGCAAGAAGCAAGGCAAUUCAUUCCCCUCGCAGUGUAUUUGGACCCACCAAUGGCGCUUCACCUAGUGAUAUUGUGAAGAAAAGAAAGAUAGUGGAGCACAUUAUUCUGCUCAGAGCCAAGCCAAACAUCUCAGAUGCUGAAGAAAAGGACAUGCUUGAUUACUUAUAUACAUCUCAGUAUCAGAUGAGAGGGAUACUCACUGUGUCACUAGGCCGCAUAGAGGACCCUAACAGCGAGAACUUCACGCAUGCUGUAUUCAUUCGUUUCCAACAGAAAGAAGACAUUGCAAAGUUCCAGAGUAGCUCAUACUAUUCCAAAGUUCUCGACGAGCACGUAAAACCCGUUUCAUAUGGCUUGGUUUCUGUAGAUUUUGAAUCUGAGGUGGAAGAUGACAUUAUCCCUCUCUUUCGGAGGGGCGAGGAUUUUAACUACGGAGUAGAGUUUAUGAUGUUGAUAUCCUUCUUGGAGACUGCAUCCAGAGAGUCUGUGGAGGAUGCAUUGGCCCAUCUUCAAAAGCUGAUCAUCCACUACAGUUCUUUCAUUGUUCAGGCAACCUCAGCAGGCUGCUGUCUGGAUCAUAUGGAUAGUCUGUACAGUCACGCUGCAGUUAUCCGUUUUCCAUCAAUUGACGACUUCAAAUUAUUCAAGGAGAGCACGGAAUACAAGAAUGUAAGACUUGUGCAUUUUCAUUGAUAGGAAUUUGGGAGUCGGUAAAUUCUAUUAUUAAUGGACUUGGAAGAGGAAUCUUGUUUCUAUAAAGGAUGGAACAAUAACAGGAGGUUAGCGAAGGCUUUCGCCCGCUUUAUAUAUAAAGCAACCAUCAUCAACAUCCUGGUACAAACGCACGCUACCAUAACACACACACAUCCAAGGUAAGAUACAUAAGUACUACAUGCAGUAACAUCAUCCCUAGCACUACAAGAGCAACCGGAAUACUCAACCGUGAACACGCCACCGCGAAGAGAUGAAGCCGCAUACGACGAACCGUGGGCUUCACGACAGCGCCUUCAGGAAGUUUACGACACCGGAGCGCCGCCAUCGCCCGAUUCGAGGAUUAGAGUUUCCUCUGGAGCACCACGACGGACAAUGAGAUCCGCUUCAACGCCUUCAAGAAGGGAACAAGCUUCGCCGCUGCCAGUCCGUUCGAAGAUAGAACAGGUUUUCACCCCGGCCAAUACUCAACGCCACCAAAUGCCACACUCCGACUACCAGGCCGCCCACAAGGCCAUCACAAGGCCAUCGUCGCCGGGCAACACCGAUCCACGUGCUCUAUCCAUGAGCACCGCACUACCACCACCAAGGCCGCCGCCCCAGCAUCCAGGACCCUGACACCACCGCACCCGAGACACGCCGCUAACCCAACCAAAGAGACGAGAGAAAGGAGCUGCCCUUCGUAUCCUUGGACGGCCCCCGGUGACGAGACCCAAUAGGCCGGCCAAAACUGGCCUCCAUCGACCCGUCCUGCCGUACCGAUCGCGAGAUGAGAUCUGUUCUGCAGCACCAGCCAUGAGAUGAGCUCGGUCCUGCUGCACCGGGCGCGAGACGGGCUCGGUUCUGCUACUCCGGACGCGAGACGAGAGAUGGACCCCAACUGGGAGGGGCCUAGCUCUCCGGCGCACGUAGCAAGCACGUGACGAAAGGGUGAAACGAGGGUCGAUAAGGUCCGCCCGCAGACGAGCCGACGUCGGGGAAGAAGCCGAUAGUCGCCGCGGGCAGAGCCGCCAUGUCGCCGUGUAGCCGCCGCACCACCGGGAGGCCACCGCCCUUGUCGGGCCUCCUCAUGCUGUCGCCCACUGCCGGAGCACCAACCACGCCACGCCGCUGCCUCACCCGCGCACCAGUCAACAACUUAGAACAUUCAGAACCUAGGACCUUUUGGAGACCUAAAAAAGAACCUAGUACCUGUUGCGGUCUAAAAAAUGAUUCGAAAAUAUCAUUUGGUGCAUUGCCGAACCAGAAGCUGAAGCUAGGCUCGCAGAAUCAUGAUGAUUUGUUGUGUAAAAUCAGGAGACACAGAGUUGAACAACUCUGAAACUCUCUACCCAUGACAGCAAGAAUAAUGCACCGCAAGCACUAUGCUCGAUUUUGUCACAAAUGCCUAAUGAAGUUUCAUUGACAAUUUCUUUGUGCCUGUCUUGUGAGAUGCAGAUGUGCGUCUCCAAACUUCAGCCGGUUACCGAGAGAUGUCUCGAGCUGCAUUUCGUCGUCGACCCUGUCGGCAACCAGCUGAUGUAGAUCCUG